AUGGAUGCUGUUGUGAGGAUAUUGAGGUACUUGAAGUCAGCUCCUGGGAGAGGAGUAAUGUUCUCUAAACACAGCAGUAUUCUUGAGGUUUGUGGUUUUACAGAUGCAGACUGGGCUGGAAAUAUUACAGACCGGAGGUCUACAUCAGGGUAUUUUACCUUUGUGGGAGGUAAUCUUGUUACUUGGAAGAGUAAGAAGCAAAAGGUGGUGGCUCGGUCUAGUGUUGAAGCAGAAUAUAGGGGUAUGGCUCAUGGAGUAUGCGAGUUGUUAUGGCUGAAGAAUGUGUUACAAGAUUUGGGGGUCAAACCCAAGUGUGCUAUGCAGUUGUAUUGUGACAACAAGGCAGCUAUUGAUAUCUCACAAAAUCCUGUACAACAUGAUCGUACCAAGCAUGUGGAGGUUGAUCGUCACUUUAUAAAGGAGAAGCUAGAUGCAAAGAUCAUUAGCUUUCCUUUUGUCCCUACAGAGGAGCAACUUGCAGAUAUACUCACAAAAGGAGUUUCUAAGAAGGCCUUUUAUGACUCACUUGAGCUUGUUGCAGAAGGUUAUCUGAAUGAACUCGUUGAAAGAAAUUUGGUUGUGGUCACUGCCAGGGAAAUCGAUGGACGAGUCAAGCUUUGUCGUGUUCUAAACCUUGUUCGUGAGUACAUCAUUCCAAAAGCGAAGCAUUUCAUCACUGUCCUCGAAGCCAACAGUGCUGACAGCAUUCUUCAUGAUACCCAAGGUAAGGAAAUUCGACGUCUUUCUGUUCAAUGCAAUAUCAACUUUAUCAACUUAUUAAGAACAAAAGACUUGAGUCUUCUGCGUACAUUACUAGUGUUUGGGGACUUUGAGGGGAAGACUACUGUUACUAGUUCUGAAAUUCAAAAGGUUCUUAAAGCCUGUAAACUUUUAAGGGUUUUAGAUUUGCAAGGUGCAUCUCUUUUGGAGAACUUUCCUCAAUAUGUAAAGAGUCUCACCCUCUUAAGGUACUUAAAUCUGAGUGAAACCCAAAUUAAAACAAUUCCAAAAUCCAUAAAGAACCUUGGAUUUUUGGAAACCUUAGAUCUUAAACAAACCAAGGUGACCUAUUUGCCCCAAGAGAUGGAUGAACUCCACAGUUUGCGCCAUCUUCUAGUCUAUCGCCAUGAUAUCAAGAAUUACGUGAGUUUUGGAGCUGUACAAGGAGUGAAUCUUUCUGCAUGUAAUAUUGGAGCUUUAACUCGCAUACAAAAGUUAACGCUGAUUAAGGUGAACAGUAAAAUCAUAGAAGGCUUGGGAGAGUUAAAGAGUCUUAAGAGGUUGGGGAUGAUAGAUCUCAAAAGAGUGCAUGGACGCCAAUUGUGUUUAGCAGUUGAGAAAAUGGAGCAUCUUUCCACAUUUGAUGUUCAAUCAACAAGCGAGGACGAAAUUCUUGAUUUGGAUCAUAUGAAUUCCCCUCCACCCCAUCUCCAACAUCUAUACAUGAAGGGGAGACUAGAAGGCAUACCAAAGUGGGUUCCUCAACUUCAUAGCUUAGUAAAGGUUGGUUUGAAGUGGUCAAAACUGAAAGCUGCAGCCAAUCCACUUGAGGCCCUUCAAGAAUUACCUCAUCUGUUGAAGCUCGAGCUGGCGAACUACUACGAAGGGAAAGAGUUAAUAUUCAAAGCUGCCACAUUCAAGAAACUAAUGAUACUAAGUCUAGACAAAUUUGAUGGACUGAAUUUCAUGGAAGUUGAGUCAAGGGCAAUGCCUAUGCUUCAGAAGUUAACCAUGUCUAGAUGCCAGAAUUUGAAGCUUCUUCCAGUAUUUGCCCCUGAUGAUCUUAAAUCCCUGAAAGAAGUGCUGCUAUAUGAUAUGUGCACUGAAUUCAUCGCUAACUUUGAAAGAGAUGGAGAAGGCCGUGAGGUGUUUCAGCAUGUCGGAAGCAUCGAGUCUUUUAUUCUUGGAAGCAACCAUGCCCAUUUCACUGGAUAUAAAAAUCUUUCUCCAUCGCAAUGGCAUGUGUGA